AUGACUGUUCCUGACCCAAAAACCAAUCAAAAUCAAAAUAAUAAAGUCCAAGUGCCUUUCUUGGUUUCUGCCCCCGGUAAAGUCAUCAUUUUUGGUGAGCAUUCUGCGGUGCAUGGCAAACCAGCAAUUGCCGCAGCUUUGUCCCUCAGAACAUAUUUACUGGUAUCCAAAAGUGAAUCUCCCGAUACCGUCUCAUUGAUAUUCCCGGAUAUCAAUUUCAGCAAGCAAUGGAAAGUCUCUGAUUUCCCUUGGGAAGCCGCCGCAAAAUACCAAGUUAUUCCUUCUAAUGACGGUAAAUUGAACAAUAGCGCUGCGUUCAGUAAAUCGUCUGAUGAAUUGGUCCCCGAAUUGGUGUCCGCUUUGGCAGAAAUGUUGGUGACCAUCGAUGACCCUACCCAUUAUAGUGCCGCCUACGCCUUUGUCUAUCUUUAUGUCAAUAUUUGCAAUAGCAAAAUGCCAGGCUACACUUUCACUGCCAGAUCUACUUUGCCGGUUGGCGCUGGGUUAGGAUCAUCCGCUUCUUUAGCAGUGUGUCUUGCUUCUUCGUUAGCGCUUAUCGGUGGUCAUAUUGCUCCUGCAUCUCUUUCCAUCAACGAAUUGGUGGCCACCGAUUCUCCUGAUUCCGAUUUCAUUCACAGUUGGUCGUUCUUAGCCGAAAAAUGUAUCCACGGUAACCCAUCAGGUAUCGAUAACGCUGUCGCUUGUUAUGGUGGGGCGGUGAUGUUCCAACGUAUGAAAUCUUCGGUGCCUAGCGUGCGUACCGCCAUGAGAAACUUCCCUCCAUUGAAACUUUUGUUAACCAAUACCAAGCAACCACGUCGUACUGCCGAUUUGGUGGCCAAAGUGUCGGCUCUCGUGAGUGAUUUUCCAAAAUCCUCUGGGGUCAUUAUGGAUGCCAUCGAUUACAUUACUAGAGAAGGCUACAAAUUGAUGAUUCGCCCAUUCUUUGAUAACGAAGCCAAAUCAAGAUUCAGAGAAUUGAUCAGAAUGAACCACGGUUUGUUGGUUUCCUUGGGGGUUUCCCAUCCAACUUUGGAAAGAGUCAAAUUGUGCUGUGACGAAUUAGAAAUUGGUGAUACCAAAUUGACCGGUGCCGGAGGUGGUGGAUGUGCCAUCACAUUGUUAAGAGACGAACUCAGUGAAUCGACAAUGAAGAAUGCUGAAGCAAGACUCGUGAGCGAAGGUUUCGAAACUUUUGAAACCACCUUGGGUGGCAAAGGUGUUGGGUAUUGUCCUCUUGACAAAGCCGCUGAUGUCGACAAAUUUGACUUAUUCAGAUUGGAAGACAGAGAAGAAAUUGAACUGACAGUCGGUGUUGGUGCCAACCCUAACUUUUGGAGCUUCUGGUAA